AUGAAUUUUCUCACCUGCCAGGUAAUGCUCUCACACAAAACUUCCCUCGUGGUCUUGGCGUUUCUAGCCCUCAGCUGGCUCGUGCAGGGAACCACGGCAUCACAGAACAGACAACAUGUUCGGAGCGACGACAAAAUCGGACUGCAAAUCGUGUCACUAGCGAAAAGGAUCAUCAAUCUCGCCACCUAUGGUUUUGAUUGGGAGGAGAUCGUCAAGAGGAAUGGAGGGACCGCUGAUACAAUCUACAACCUGCCUGACCUGGAGGAUAUUGGGAGGAAGUAG